UCCAAAUGUCAGCGGACAAUGACAGUUGGACUCCAGAGCGUGAAAGUACUGUUGGUACCAAACUUCUACAAAAAGCACGGAAGAGUCCUUUGAUGCCAGUUGGCAUGGUGGGGUUUGUGGUUGUAGCAGCCUAUGGUCUUUACCGAAUGAAGGAAAGGGGGAGCAUGAAGAUGUCCGUCCACUUAAUUCACACUCGGGUGGCUGCCCAGGCUUGUGUGGUUGGUGCUGUAACUCUUGGUGCUGUCUACAGCAUGUACAAAGAGCACUUCCUGAAACCAUCUCCAGCUGAACCCCAGAAAUAGACAGGCUAUGGCUGGGGCUGGUUUCUCCCUUUCCCCUGAGUGACUCUGAAGAUGUCUGUGGUAAUCCCAACAAGGCUGAGAAGUCACUGAAUUUGCUCUUGCAGAAGAAACAGCUCCUGAAGACUCCAUUCCUUCCUUUAAUACAGAAUCAAAAUUUCUGUCAAAAACACUACUCUGAUGUAUAUACUUUUUUUCAGAAAGUUGUAUUGAGAAGAGAGACUUAAGGGUAGGUCCGUUAAGGGAUCCCUCCGCAGGCUCCUCUGUCCUUAUUGAGACUCCUGCUCUCCCUCUGCUGCCUGGCCAGCCUUCUCUUAAACAGCUUUUUCCUCCUACGUGACAAGCAUGACAGCCACUCAUCCAGAUUUGUCUAUAUU